UGUUAUUACUCAAAUGAAUAUCUUGUUCAAGGCAAGAUUUUACAAAGUCACAUUGCUUCCAAUCGGUCUGUUUCUUUCAAAAAGCCUUUCAAGUUUGGAUUGUAUAAUAUUUUUGUUGGAUGACGCUGCAUUAAUGCUACCUUCACGUUGA